UGCGUCGCGUUGCUUGAGACGCCUGGUGGUUGUUGGGAUUUAUGUGAUGACUGUGGAGGUUUAUCGAUUUUCCAAGCUUUUCUUUAUGGUAACUGAUUCAGAAUCAGCGCACUGCGCCACCUGAGCUCGGCAUUUCCAGUAAGAAAUUGGCGGCAGCCAUUGGUCCUCUGCAAAUAUUCUGCUCAGUUGAGGAGUUAAUUAGGAGCAAAUAGAGAUCUCUGUUUGGUUGAUGCAUACAUUGAAAGACAUUUAGAGAAUUCAGAGUUGUAAUACUGUGGAUUUUCUUUGUUAGUUAUAAGCAAUUUAGGAGUGAAACUUUUCAUAAUGGCUACAUGGACUUACCCUUACUUCACACCCCCUCUGGAUACUCGAAGAUCGUCUGCUGGAUUGACUUCUCUUGGAGCAAUAGUUUCCCCCUUAAGAAUGGUUGAUGAGAGGAAUAAGUUUUCGACUAUUGUUCGAAGAUGCAGUUCGAAUUCCUCACAGAUCAAAGGCUCUGCAAAUUCACACAGUUUGAAUCAGUUUCAAAGCAGUAAAGACCCUUUUCUUAAUCUACAUCCUGAGAUCUCACUGCUGAGAGGCGAGACGAACUCGACAACUCUUAAUCCGGGACAGGGUAGUACUGGUGGAGUUGAUACUGAGAAUUUGAAAGUUUCAUCAAAUGUGAAUAGCAACUAUAAUGAGGCCAGAAUCAAGGUUAUUGGCGUUGGAGGUGGUGGUUCGAAUGCAGUUAACCGCAUGAUAGAGAGUGCAAUGAAGGGAGUUGAGUUCUGGAUAGUUAACACUGAUGUGCAAGCCAUGAAGAUGUCGCCUGUUUUUCCUGAGCAUCGCUUGCAGAUUGGGGAAGAGUCGACCAGAGGACUUGGUGCUGGUGGGAACCCUGAUGUUGGGAUGACUGCUGCUAAAGAAAGCAAAGAAGCUAUAGAGGAUGCACUUGAUGGAGCUGACAUGGUCUUUGUCACUGCUGGAAUGGGUGGGGGAACAGGCACGGGUGGAGCUCCUAUAAUUGCUGGAAUAGCAAAGUCCAUGGGUAUCUUGACUGUUGGAAUAGUUACCACUCCAUUCUCUUUCGAAGGACGCAGAAGAGCUGUUCAAGCACAAGAAGGAAUUGCAGCUUUACGAGAAAACGUUGACACCUUAAUUGUCAUUCCAAACGACAAAUUGCUCACUGCAGUUUCCCCAUCCAUGCCAGUGACAGAAGCAUUUAAUAUUGCUGAUGAUAUUCUUCGUCAAGGAGUUCGUGGAAUAUCUGACAUUAUCACGAUCCCAGGCUUAGUAAAUGUAGAUUUUGCUGAUGUGAGAGCUAUUAUGGCUAGUGCAGGUUCUUCAUUAAUGGGAAUCGGAACUGCAACCGGGAAAACCAGGGCCAGAGAUGCUGCUUUAAAUGCCAUCCAAUCUCCUCUGCUGGAUAUUGGUAUCGACCGAGCAACUGGAAUUGUGUGGAAUAUAACUGGCGGGAAUGAUCUAACGUUGUUCGAGGUGAAUGCAGCAGCAGAAGUUAUAUACGAUCUUGUAGAUCCAAGCGCCAACUUAAUUUUCGGGGCUGUUAUAGAUCCAUCACUAAGCGGUCAAGUGAGCAUUACUCUGAUCGCCACCGGUUUCAAACGACAAGAGGAGAGCGAUGGGAGAAACCUCCAGUCGAGUCAGCUGACUCAAGGGGACUCAAAUAUCAGUCUGAACAGAAGACCCUCGCCCUACCCGGAAGGCGGCCCUGUGGAGAUCCCCGAGUUCUUGAGGAAGAAAGGUCGCUCUCGCUAUCCAAGAGCUUAAUUCCAUCACUUCGAACAGGUUUAAUCUGCCCUUCACAGCUUGUUUGUGUACAGAAAUUUUAAAUUUUUUUGGGGCAUGCUUUCUUGAUAUGAAUGUUUAUUGCGCAUUGAAAAAGAUGGGGUUGAGAAUUGAGAUGUUUGUUUGGAUUCAAAAGAAUGAUUUUCAAAAUGUGUUAGGAGCCUACAAAUCUAGAUUUAGCAUAGUACUAUUUGUCUUUUUGUUAGUACUAUUAGGCAAAAUAGCAAAAAAAAAAAAAAUCUUAUGGUUUGCAAAAUUUGCUGAAAAAACCUUCAUACCUUAAAAUUUCUUUUUAUAUAAUUUAAUGAAAGUUUUUUUUAGGUAUAUAAUAAUUUGUCUAUCUACUAAUCUAAAAUUGAUUAAUAUACAAUAUUGUAUAUAAAUUGAGUAAAUCGAGUCCACUAUAUGGUGCAAUUUCAUGGUUGGACGAUUUUGAUUUCUACUUCAAUAUAUCUGGAACUUCAAUUUCUUCGAUUUCUCUAUU